AUGAGCGGUAAUCCUUGGUCAGGGAUAGCUUCGGGCGUCAGCUCGGGAUUGACCUUUAUUAUCAAGAUCUGCGAGUACACCUAUGCCUUGCGGGCGGUUGAUCAGCAGACCAAAGAGUACCUGAUCACGGCGCAGCAUGCGUGGACCAACAUCAAAACCUGUCGGGAGCUGUUGGGACAGCAGAAAGAACACCUUCCAGCUUCCGAAAGGAAAGACUAUGAACGUGUGAUUGAGGAGACCAGGCGGGCAGCUGAAGAGGUCGCCCUGCUGCUUGAGCCUGCUCGAGUCGACCUCGAAGCCGACUGCAGCAUUCACUUUUCCACAAGAGUUAUGUGGGUGCUCAGCGACAACUCCAACAUUGCAGCUGCCCUCAAGCGUCUGGAUAUCGUACACACGACUCUCACGCAAAACAUCUCCACAUUGCGUCUUCUGCGGACUUUUGCUUCCGGCCCAAGAGAACGCCCUCCCAGCUAUCAGACCAGCCAGAAACUUCAGUGGAAACGCCAGACCAGAAUUACGCCAAAACCAAGUACCGAUAGCUUCCAAAAUUUUCAGAUCCCUAGGCCGUCGCCAAAGCCUCAGAACACAAGGUUUGGCAGAGCAUGGUCAGCCGAGGAGCUUCCGACCGAGACAAAUGAGCUUGAUGCAGGUCAUCGUGCUGACAGCACAAUGUCAAGCGUGCCAUCGACCAUGCCGACACUCGUAGUUCCUGUCAUCACAUCAAACGCAGCAGUACAAGGUGGAACAGAGUGCUUUGAGCUCGAGAGCAACACCUUGCCCCAACCGUCACCUACUUUGUCCGACAGGAAGCCCAGGACUUGGCUAGAGUAUCAAGCAACGAAAGCGAGCUUGCGUAGAAAGGGAAAGAGCCUACAGCAAAAGCCAUAG